AAAUAUUUAAUAAUAUUUGAAAAAAGGACGAAAUUUAUUCAAGAUGUGAACUUGUUAAAACGUUAUAAAAAUUUUUAUUGAAAUAACGUCAACCCCUCGGGCACAACGUUGACGGAAGCUAUGACGGGGUUGUGGUGAUAACGGUGCAUUUGACUGGCUGUUACUAAUAUCUUUAUAAUAUUGAUAAAAAGUCAGAAAAUAUUUUUAAAGUGAAACUUUUCGGAUGUAAUCUUUUUUUCGGGAAAAGGGCUGGCCUCUUUUAAACUUUUUUUAUGAAGUGUAAAAAAGUAUACUUAAUAUAAUUGUGUGUGAAACAAUAAAAAAAUGGCGCGAAGUAGACAAUCUUGGAUAACAAAAUGUGUAAAUAUUAUAUUUGUUGUGACUUUAAUACAAAUUAUUCAUAUUUCCGGAAUAUAUUCACAGAAGAUCGAUUCGCAAACUGGGCCUUUAAUCCUCAACGUUAAAGAGCCGCCGGAUAUACUAGAUAACGCUAAUUUACAAAACACUAUUCAAAAUGUAAACAAUAGAAAUACGAGGCCGCAAAAUGUGCCUGUAAAUCAAAGACCAAUGAAAUUUCUGUGUAACAGACAAAUUCCAGUUCUCAUGGCGCGGAGAAAUGUUCCGGCGCAGACGACACGCAGUCCAUUUACGGUAACAGCCGUACCGGAAGUGACUGAAACUAACAAGGUUUUACAUGUUAAAGUCGAGUCACAAGAUGGACAAACGUUCCGGGGGUUUAUGAUGCAAGUACUGUCGGCUGAACCGGGGGCAGACGACACGAUACUGGGCGAGUUCAUUUCUACACCAAACGUUAACUUACAAACAUGUUAUUCUAACAACGACACCGCCACGUCUGCAGAUGGAUCAAAAUUGACUUCUACUUAUGUGAUGUGGAAAGCCCCAAACAGCUUGAAAGAUGGAAGUGUUAUUGUAAGGGCAACACUAGUCCAGGAUUACAAAACAUACUGGAUUGAUGUAAAAUCAGACACGAUUUCAUUUGAAGAUAUGAAUACAUCUAAAGAAAACAAUACGGUAAAUAAUGGGAAAGACACAGAUUCUAUCGAUCUAGACAAAUCAAUUGCUGAAACGUUUGAAGGAUUUGAUGGACCAUUUGAAUCGGCAGAUGAAGUUCUUUUGCAUCAAGGAAUAAGGAAAGUGGACAAACUAGAUGGAAAAAGUGGCAACGUUCCCGAGACAGAUGACCAACCAGGAGUUAUAAUUUCACCUCCAAAGUUUGACGAGGCUCCAACCGCCCCGCUACCGCCACCUCGAUAUGUUUACAGAACAAUGAACCAGUUUGCUCCUAAUUUUGAGCCACCUACGACUUCCGAAUUUGUCGGUCAACUGUUAGGUAAUAUGCUCACUGGUGGAAAUAGACAACCAGCUGGAGGGGGUGGUGGUGGGGGUCUCGGAUCCAUGAUGAACAUGAUGGGAAUGGCGUCAAAAAUGUUAGGUGGAGGGAACGGGGGUGGAGGAGGCGGUUUGAUGAGCUCUCUAGGAACAAUGAGUAAAUUAAGCGGUAUGUUAGGGGGCGGGUCUGGUGGAGGAGGCGGUGGUUUAGGCGGACUAGGCGCUCUUUCCUCUAUGCUUGGUGGCGGAGGAGGGAGUCCUAUCGGUGGGAUGCUUGGUGGAGGAACACGUGGUGGUAAUGCCAAUGCUCCACCUCCAGUUCCACCACCUACAAAUAGAGGCGGAGGUGGAAUAGGAGGAAAACUUUCAUCCUUGCUUGGAUUUGGAAAUAAAAAUACUGCAAGCAACGUUGCACCUAUGCCCGUAGGAGGACCUGUAAAUCCUAACAGUAACAGAGAACCAUCUUUAGCUGAUCUUCUAGGAGUUGACCCUUCAAUCGGGAUGGGUAAUACACCAACUGUUAUCCCUGCCGAAGCAAAUCCUAUUGCGGGAGUUUCUGCUGCAAAAGCUGGAGGAGGAAUACUGUCCAAGAUUGGAGGUUUUGCGCCUGUGCUUGCUAUGGCCCCGAUUGCUUUUAGUAUGUUUGGAAAAAAGAAGAAACCAACAACAACAAAUGCCGUUUGGAGCAGGACAACCAGGGUCAGUUCGGAAGGCCUGGAGGACAAUUCGGGAUGCCAGGUGGCAGUCCAGGACAAUUUGGAAUGCCCCCAGGACAAGGAGGUCAAUUCGGAAUGCCACCACAAGGACAAGGAGGGCAAUUUGGAAUGCCACGGUCAACAAGGCCAAUUUGGAGGUGCGCCUGGUCAGUUUGGAAGACCACCUCAAGGGCUUGGAUUUGGACCAACACAACCGCCAGCCUGGCCACCAACAACCGCACCUGCAGCAAGCAAUAGUAAAGACAUACAGCAAAUCAUACAACUCUUAGAGGCACAAAGACUUCAAAUUGAGGCCCUAAAGGCACAGGUAGGAGGAGCAAGCAUCACUAGUCAAAUGGGUGGAUUUGGUAACAUUCCUCUUUCAUUUGGACAGAAAACGAGUGCACAGCUUCUAGGUUUAUCGGGACAGAAUGGUUUAUCAAGUGGCCUUGGUGGGAUAGGAUCUACUUUAUCAACAUUUGAGCCAGUCGGACCUCCUAAGGUUGAACAAAAGCCCCAGUCAUCCUCUAAUAAUGAUCUAUUGCUUCAACAGCUGCUGCAACAAAAUCAAAUGCUUAUGCAACAAAAUCAGCAAUUCCAAACGAACAUGCUCAAUGCCGCACAAGGUCAGGGUCAGUUCGGAGCGACAAGUGGAAACACAUUUAACAGGGUUAACAGAUCUAACGGCCAAAUACCAAUGAAUAAUGGCAUUAAUCCAGCUGAUAGGUUUGGCCAAAAUGCUGGCCAGAACAAUUUUCUUCAAUCCCAGAAUAAUGGUUUACAAAACACAGGUUUAACGAAUGGUUUGUUGCCUGGCAGCGCAAGUAAUGGAUUUUUGAAUUCCGGACAGGCAGGACAAGGGAACGCUGGAAUAGGUGCUGCUAAUAAUGCUUUUAACAGUAUGCCAAAUCAAGGUGCAAAUUCUUUGAAUUCCGGCAUGGGUGGCGGUCAAGGUCCUCAAAGACCGCAAACAGGAGGGUCAUCAACGUUUGGACAAUUUGGAGGCUCAAAUCAGGGUGCUUCGGGCGGUUCAGUUCCUGCAGGAAUGUCAAAUAAUGCUAAUGGUAACGCUAUGGCUAAUCCAGCUGAUUCUGGCAGUGGUGGAAGUUUGACCAGUAUGUUUGGAGGUGGAGGUGGGGGAGGUGGUGGAGGUUUGGGUAGUCUCAUGGGUAACAUGCUUGGAGGAGGUGGUGGCGGCGGAGGCGGCGGUGGUAAUCCACUUGCAAGUUUGAUGGGUGGAGGAGGAGGAGGAGGUGGACCCGAUAUUGGAAGUCUGAUGGGUAGCAUGUUAGGAGGUGGGAAUGGCGGUGGUGGUGGCGGAAUGGAUAUGUCUAAGUUGCUUGGAAAUGUUGAUAUGAACGCCAUGCAGGGGAUGUUAAACGGUGAGCAAGGACAGGAUUUAAUGAAAUCAGUAACGGGGAUGCUUAGUGGACCUGGAGGUGGGGAUCUGAUGAAGGCUAUGGAAGGGAUGAUGUCUGGCAAUGGAAAUCCUGCGGACAUAAUGGGACUGAUGGGCAAAAUGGAUAUGAAUGAACUGCAAGGUAUGGCAAAGCAAGCAGAGGGCUUGAUGGCAUCUUCAGGUAUUGAUCCAGCCCAGAUUCUCGGCAUGAUGGGGUAAUAGAUAAAAGUCAACAUUAGAUGUGUUCCGUGUUUUGAAAAACCGUAUUUCAAAGCAUCAUUCUUAUAGUUUUGUAUAUAAAAUUGUAUCAUAUAAGACAUUGUUUAGAUAUGUUCUUACACAUAAUUUUGAUGAUUUUCAUAUCGGAUAUUUCGAUUCCAGUUUCAAUUUUUUUAUCACUUAAAUGUUAUGAUAGUUAAAGUAAACCCUUGCUGAAUUGUGUCGGAUAUGUUUGUAGAUACACAUAUUAGUGUCAGUGUAAAUUAUAUUACAUUUUUAAUUCAUUGUUAACGUGUGCUGUUGAAUGUGUAAUUUAUUUUCUUUCUUGAAAAAUAAAAUGAA